CUUGCUCCCCAUCCUUCGUACCUACCAAACUCCCUUGCUUUCACCGCCUUUCAUCCGCUGUUCGCUUGGCCCCGAUCGUACCCGAAACACGUGUCUGGAACCCUCUGAUCAUGGACACAUCUGAGGCCGUCGCGUUGGGCAUGCCUCCACUCGGCCACCUUAUUGGCUGCACCCCAUCCCACCCGUUUACGUCUACUGCUGCACAUCCACUACCACACUCCUUGGCUGCUCAAGCCUUUGCCGAAGAGCGGCGACCAACGUUAACCAGACCUGCAUCGGAACGAGAUAUAUUACUUUGUCAUAUCCCAUCUACAGCCUUGCUCGUUGCUUAG